AGACGGUUUCCGAGGAGCCCGGUAUAAAGCGGCCGCUGCUGCCCGCACCCGUCCGCUCAGCCCGCGCCGGCCCGAUCCGACUCGCGCUGACCCGCCCCCGGGGAGCAGCCGGGCCCCAGCCGCCCCGUCCUGACCGACCCAGCGGCCGGAGCCAGCCACCCCCUCCGCGGCCACAGGGGCCAGGUACCGGGCAGAGGGGGAGACCCGGCGGCAGAUUAAUCAGCCACUCGAUGGGGAUUAACAGUGGAGCACCUUUUUGUGUCGCCUUUCCACCUCUGUGUAGCAAGAAUAACAACUUCAGCACCUUGUCAAUAAUAAUUAUGAAACUGGUAUUAACUGAAUGGCAAUUAUGGAUUUUUAACUCUAAUUCACAGUAAACAUAGCAAGCCAUAUGUUGAAAUUCCUACUAAGUAGCUUCCUGUUCUUUGUUUCAUACCUACCUGAGAAGUUGUGAAAUACCUAUCUGUACAAGAGGAAUAUAAGCAUUACUUGCACCAGGAACACAACAGAAGCUGAAAGAGAAGACAUCUUAGAGAUAUGAUAGUAUUAUUUAUAGAGCUAUAAUAAAUAUAUAUUUUUAUGGUAAUGAAAAUGGCUCCCCAGAAUGCUGACUCGGAAUCUAUGCAAGUUCAAGAGCUCCCUGUGACAGAUCUUCAGAAACCAGCAAACAAAGAGAAUGAGAGCAGGGAGGAGACUAUUAGCGAAGGAUCCAUAAACCGGAUACCAGUACGCCUGUGGGUGAUGCAUGGUGCAGUGAUGUUUGGCAGGGAAUUCUGUUAUGCCAUGGAGACAGCAUUGGUAACCCCAGUAUUGUUGCAAAUUGGUCUUCCUGAACAAUACUACAGCCUCACUUGGUUCCUUAGCCCGAUCCUGGGCCUGAUCUUCACUCCACUCAUAGGUUCGGCUAGUGACCGCUGCACGCUGAGCUGGGGCCGCCGGCGGCCUUUUAUUCUUGCUCUCUGCGUUGGUGUCCUCUUUGGUGUUGCACUUUUCCUUAAUGGCUCUGUUAUAGGUCUGGCCAUUGGAGAUGUCCCAGACAAGCAGCCCAUUGGCAUAGUUCUCACAGUGCUUGGGGUGGUGGUAUUGGAUUUUUGUGCUGAUGCAACAGAGGGGCCAAUUCGGGCCUAUUUACUAGAUGUGGUGGACAGUGAAGAACAAGACAUGGCACUCAAUAUCCAUGCCUUUUCAGCUGGUCUUGGAGGAGCCAUUGGCUAUAUGUUAGGAGGGCUGGACUGGAUGCAGACCUUCUUGGGUGACCUUUUUAAAUCUCAAGAACAAGUACUUUUCUUUUUUGCAGCCAUUAUUUUCUCUGUCUCUGUUGCUCUUCACCUUUUUAGCAUUGAAGAAGAGCAGUAUAACCCUCAACAAGACAGAAUUGAAGAUGAAGCAGAUACACUUUCUAGUGUUAAGCUGAGUGGCAGCCUUCCACCUCUGAAUCGACUGAAUGUAAUUAGCGAGGAAGAUCCCUAUGGGACCUCUGUGUACCCAGAGGAGGUUCAGUCCGAGCAGGACCUUGAUAUGGAGUUCCUUGAGGUGGACAUUGUAAGGAGUAAGAGCGAUUCUGUUCUGCACAUGCCAGAUGCUACUCUGGAAAUUGAAUCAGAGCUGCUGUUUCUACAUGACAUUGAGCCCUCCAUUUUUCAGGACCCUUCAUACCCAAACACUCCCCUCAGCACCAGCCAGGAACUUCUGAAGUGCAAAUUUAACCGCCUGUCUGCUUUCCUCAGGGAAAAUGAAAAAGAGGAGAUGUUGCUUGAUAAUCACUUGAAUGAAGCCAAAGUCCCAAAUGACAAUGGCUCCCUACCAAAAGAUCUCCUCAAUGGACAUGCUCGGAUUGGCAUGAAGCAAUCUAGUACUUCAAACUCCAUGCGCAGGCGACGGCACAUGUUCUAUCGGCAGCCAUCUUACACCUUCUCCUACUAUGGCAAAAUAGGUUCUCACCGCUAUCGUUUCCGACGGGCCAAUGCCAUUGUCUUGAUCAAGUCCUCCCGCAGCAUGAAUGAUAUCUACGACAUGCAGAAGAGACAGCGGCAGAGGUACAGGCACAGGAAUCCAAGUGGCACCACGAAUUCUAGUGGAGACACUGAGAGUGAAGAAGGGGAAACUGAAACCACUGUCAGACUUCUGUGGCUGUCUAUGCUGAAAAUGCCCAAUGAGCUCCUGAGGCUUUGCCUCUGUCACCUCUUAACCUGGUUUUCCAUCAUUGCUGAAGCAGUGUUUUAUACGGAUUUCAUGGGACAGGUCAUCUUUAAAGGGGAUCCCAAGGGCCCUUCGAAUUCUACUGAAUUGCAAGCCUACAAUGCCGGAGUUCAGAUGGGCUGCAGGGGCUUGGUCAUUUAUGCUGCGACUGCUGCUGUUUGCUCAGCUUUACUACAAAAAUACCUGGACAACUACGACCUUAGUAUAAAGGUGAUCUACAUUCUGGGCACACUGGGUUUUGCUAUUGGAACUGCAGUGAUGGCGAUGUUCCCCAAUGUGUACGUUGCUAUGAUAAUGAUCAGCACUAUGGGAAUAGUCUCUAUGAGCAUAUCCUACUGUCCUUAUGCGCUUUUAGGACAAUACCAUGAUAUUAAAGAGUAUAUUCACCACAGCCCUGGAAACUCAAAGCGAGGAUUUGGCAUAGACUGUGCUAUCCUGUCAUGCCAGGUUUACAUCUCCCAGAUCCUGGUGGCCUCAGCACUUGGUGGAGUGGUGGAUGUAGUAGGCACAGUCCAGGUUAUUCCAAUGGUGGCAUCAGUAGGAUCCUUCCUGGGCUUUUUAACCGCUACAUUUUUGGUGAUUUAUCCUGAUGUCACAGAGGACCCAAAGGAAGAACAGAAAGGACUGAGCCCUCCAGAGACCACCGAAAGCAAUGGUGUGGAUGCAGAGAAACCAACUGCUAUAAAGCUCUCGCGUAAAGGGGCAGCCUCAUCAGAAUUGGAAAGCGAGUCAAUAGUUUGAACUGGUCACUGUUAUUUAUACACAUUCCAAGCAGUUCAGGUGCAUGAAUGCAGAUGCAUGAAUGAGGACAUUCUUAAGGAAAAAAAUUCUGACUCUCUUCAAUAGUUACUUUUUGCUUAAAUUGCAGCAAAAAAUGGCUCUUUCAUGCGAAAACGUAGAUGAAAUUCUGUAGUCCUAGGAUAGGUUUGAACAGAUAGCUAUUAUGCCGAUUGCUUUCUCUACCAUUUAGAAAUUGUCACUUCUGAACACUUUUUAAAUUAAGAACACACAUUUCAAAUCUAUAAAUCUGCAGGUACAUUGUUCGUUCUUGCAUGUUUUUGAAAAUGUCAUGACUGAUUCACAGUGUAUACAAUUAUCAGUUUAGAAAAAUGAAGGUUGCUUGCAAUUUUUAGACUGUAAUUGAAAACAAAAGCUAUUUUGACCCUAGGCUUCGCUAAUUUUUUUUGUCUGAACAUUUCAGAUCUUGCUAAUGUAAUAGGUGAAUCAAAUGCAUAGACGCCUUUCUAUUUUUUCUUUUUCCUGUACACCCAAUAUUUGGUUUGACAGCUACAAUUUUUUAACAUUUUGUUUGGAUUUCAUCCUAUUUUAGUGGGUGCAAUUACUACCAAGUAUUUUUCUUUGCAAUUACUUGUUUUAAAAAAGCAAUUACUACAGUUUAAGAGAACUGCUGUCAAUUUUUAUUCAAACCGUUCAACAAAUCUGUUCCCAAGUACUGCUGCUUGUCAGAAAUUGAUGGUAUUGGGUGUAUGGUUUAGCUGCUGAUGGAAGUAACAGCAGCUGGGAAGGUGAUCAGCAUUUGCAGUGAGUGCAGAAUUUAACAAGCGGCAUUGGAACAUGCUGUGACAAUUUUAGCAGGGAGCUUUGUGUGUUGAACUUACUAGGGUUAAUUUUUCUCUUGGUAUUUAAAGCUGAUCAUCUCAUUUUGAUGAAACUGCCAUGGAGAAGGGAAUUUCAUUCAGUUGCCUUCAUGGAAUUGAUGUGAGAAUUCUCUUUAGAGGGGAAGGAGGUUGUUGAUUGCACUUUUAGAAUCCUUUAACCCUCUGGUUGGGAAUCACAGUAGUAUAGUCUGUCAGUACAACAAGGUAAACCGAAGGCCUACCUCUAUAACUUUAUGCCAUAGUCUGGUUAUAUAAAAAUCUGUGUCAGAAAGAGUUUUGGUCCUUAAAAUCCAAUCCAGGAGCAUGUUAUUUAGUUCCUGUCCCUACAUAGGAGUUGUAUGCUGGAGCUCUUUUGAGCUGCUGUCCUGAUGUAUAAUUCCAGAUUCAGGACAUAGCUGCAGUGCAAAGAAACUUUCAGUGACGAGUGAUAGGAAAGAUACUAUUUUAAUUUAAAUGCUUAACUGAAUUUUUAGCAAUGCCCAAAACCAGGGGUAGACGUAACUCAGACGCAGCAGCCUUUUAAAGUGUCUUUAUAAACAAAACCACCUAACUUCCAAUCCUUUCUUUAUAAGAAGUGUUUGUAACUCUAUUUUCUCAUUUCCACAUGGAAUAGAAGAGACUACAGCGAGUUCACAGGUUCAAUCAGGCAAAUCCAGACCACUGUUGUAAUAUUUCUGCUGCCUCAAAUUCAUUAAAUCGUUGCAGUACUUUAGAAUCAUGCUGCAGUAGUCCUUCAAAAGCAAAGUUUUAUAUAUAUAUUUCAAAAGGACAAGCCGUUUUUAAUUACUUGAAUCGUACGUGUAUUUAAGAGAGGAUCUAUAUUCUGGUGUAGUUGAAGCUAACUGGCUGUCUUGCCAAUGUCGUUGAUAAAUUACUGAUGGCAUCAUAUGUUUACUUCUUAGCUGAAGAAUUUUAGGCAGUACUCAUGUCUCUGACAGGAGUGAAUAUACUGUUUUUACAUUGAGUGCUAUGAAAUUCCACCACAUAUACAGAAUUGCACAGGACUCUUGUUUGAAGUGUGUUAAGGAAAAGAAAUCAUUUUUUUUUUUUUUCUUCCUGUGAAUAUUUUUUAUUAGAACACUUCUGAAUUUUGUGUUCAGACCGGAGAAUAAUACUACUGAAGCAUUUAAGACCUUAUUGAAGAAAUCAGAAAUAUUUCUCACUGAACUCUUGGAGUGAGUUUUAUCAUCUCUGUAUAUAGUCUAGUAGGGUUCACAUAUAACAGAAUUGCAGUGCUGUUUCACCUAAAAUUGGCAUUCCUGUGAAAUACAAAUCUAAUUAGACAGUUUUAAAGUUUGGCAUCAAUAUUUUAUUGUAAAAUACUCUAAGGAUUCUGCUGCUUUGUUAAACGGACACAGUCAGUAGUUUUUUAGUAACUUACACAUAGAAACAACUUUUAAAGUUACCGUUGCAUGUGAGAUUUGUCUAUCAAUUUAAUCUGUAAUACCAAUCUGGUCCUUUUUCCUCUUGACAAAUGUUUCACUGGAUGUUAUUUAAAUUAGCAUUACCCAGCAUAGCGCUUUCUUGAGUCAAAAUGUGCACUGGCAUCACCAACUGGUGACAAUUUUUAGCCUUGGAAAGAGCAGUUGGCUGCCUCUUGCUACAUAGCGAAUAGAGGGAUCAUAAAACUUUGCUUUUUGGAGCUGGCCACAUGCACACUUCCUCUCUCCCUUCUUCCCCCCCCCCCCCCCCCCCCCCCCAAUAGGAAGGUGAAGGUUUGGUUGAGGGGUGGAGUCAAUUUCAGAUCCAGAGGAUUUCAAUCAGGUCAGAUGGAAUUUUGUGCUGACCAGCCUUUACCAAGCCUCUUUCCUAAGAAUUGGAGACUAGAAUGUGCAUAUUUUGGGCUGGGAAAGCAUUGUUUAGAUUAUCCCAUUCAAAUGUAAACCAGCUAUGUUGCUCUGUAGCACAACGUUUUACUGCGCUGCAGCAAAGUGAAGGUCCCAGGGAAACAGUCAUUCAGUGUAAACACGUUUGCGUCCUGCUGGCAAUACUUCAUGUUUGGGUAGCCCUCUUUAGGCCUUCAAUGAAUUGUAACCGAAGUAGCUAGUUCUCUAGCCUAGCCAGGUUAUGGAGCCUGACGAAAUUAAAGAUGCUUUUCAGCUUUGAACUUGGACAGGUUGCUUCCUAGUGAUGAUUAUCGGAGGUUUUUAAUUCUAGAGCUCUUUGAUUUUGAGAGAUUCCCUUUGUAGCCCAGGCUUUUCUUUGGGGUAGGUAAUGUAUCCUAUCCCUCAUCUUCACCUGCAAAGAGAUUAUUACUUUGAUGGGUUUGACUAGUGCAACCUUAAAGUGUAAUCACCUCAUUUCUUGUUGUGGAAUUGACGGGAGGAAAAAAGCUGAGGAGAGCUGUUUAACUUCCUGGUGACUCUACAUAGUGUUCAGGUUUGCCACUCUUACUACUUAGUCCACUUCAUCUUCUGUAUGCUAGCAAAUAAGAUGCAUACUUCAGCAGGUUUAAGUUUUGGUAGUUUAAUUCUUCCUGUGUUUCUCUGUACCAUAUAGUAUGUUACAUCCACUCAUUAAAAAUCUUUGUUGAUAACACUUGACAGCUUUAGGUUCAUGUUCUUAAAAGGUUAAAUUAGUUAAGUCUCUUUGCGUGAGAGAUCCAGUUGCUAGGCAUCAAGUCUAGCAUUAUGCUGCAUAAAGUCAGAGAGGCUUGAACAUAACCAUUUUUGGAAAUUAUAAAAUUGAAUUGGCUGCCUUGGUUUAUCAUAGUCAAAUCGUAUUUGAACCAAAGCAGCUCAGUAAGGAUUUCAAAAAAUAGAAGCAAUAAUUUCUUAGGAAUGUUUUCUUCCAAUUACUCAAAUUAUUUUCCUGGAGAUUUAUUACCUAAAUAACCUUUAAAUAAUUUUAAGCUGAUUUAUCUCUGAUCCACUCUGUCAACAGUCAGUUCAGGACAACUGUUGGUGAGGAAAGACGCAUGCCUUUCACAACAAGGUGCAAACAAGCAUUUGGAGGAGAAACAACAAAUCCGAUGCAAAUUACAACUCUCUGAAUCUCCUGUGUCCUUGUUGGCCUAUCGUAGGUGGGCCUGUUUGUAAAAUAUGGAACAUUCCCCACCUCAGAAGUCUGACCAGCAGGGACACUCUGAACGUAGACUCCUGCUCCUGGGAAUCAGAAUUUUCCCAUCACUAGCCACAGUUCUAUGAGUGACUUUCACUAUGGAAAAUCUGGCUGACCGAUUCAGUUGUCAAACAUGCCAAACGUUCCCCAGAAAGCUAAUUUUUUUUUAUAAAAAGGGCAUGGAUACUAGGGCAAGGGGAGUCUCACUCGAGGAGGAAUGCCUCUUGUCCCAGAGCAUUUGAAUAACUACAUGGCAGAGGUGGCAGUAUUGGGAAGUAGGUCGUUUAAGGCUAAGUAGUCUCGCUAGAACCCAUAUCGCUAAUCUUGGGUUUUGGUGAUGUAGGACUUGCUUCAAAGCCCAGGGAAGUCAAUGGAAGGACUUUCAUUCACUCCAGUGGGCCUUGGAUUGGGUCCUUAUUACCCAUUUGCAGUUCUCUGGAAUAAGACUAAAUUUACAAAUGGUGGGAGGAGAAAGUUAAAUAGCUUCGCUGGAGACAACAGAAGCACAGCUGGUGGGCUCCCUCCUUGAAACCUAUUUUGAUAGUCAAGAUUAUUUUUCUUCAACAUUUCCAUAUUUUUCCUAACUGCAAUUUAAUGUGAUUUGGUUGCGUGAUAGUACCUAGUUUUACCUCUAGUUUAUAUAUAGAAUUUAAAACUUUCAGUGACUGAGCUAGAGGUAAAACUAGGUACUGAACUAUAUAGUUUGGGCCAAAAUAUCCUUGGUGGUGUAGGCUCUUCCUAAAUUGUACUAAGUAAUGUUGUUUUUUCACUUGAGUUCUUCCCAUUUUCCCCAUUUCUUAGUCUGCUGCAAGAUGAACUAAGCUAUAAAAUAUAUAUCCUGUUUCAAGAACACCUGCAUGAAAUUCCAAGCAUCUGAAAUAUCUGUUGUGGAAGAGUGAUUGUUUCUAUUUGCAACUGCCUUUUCCUUGUUUUCUGUUGUUAGGCCAAAUAAAUGUAAUGCACGCCAAAUGUUGCACAUGAAUGGUAUUGAUGACUGUGUAAGAAAUACCAAAUUUUAUUUUUCCUUAAGGUGAUUUUUAUGGCUAUAUAUAGUCCUUGAGCUUAAGCCGCCACACUGCAAGUUUGUAAAUUUUGCAUUGAAAAGGGUCAUUCUGAAAGGAUAAGCUACCCAGAGUUAUCUAUUUCUCAUGUUGCAUCCAGAAUAAGCAUAUUGCAAAUGCAUCGUCUACUAACUCAAAUGUUAAACUCUGUUUUUAUUUGAAGGGAUUUUUCACUUCAGCAAGGGGAAAUUGGAUCCGAGAAGGACUGUAUUCUCUUUUCACAAUGUCACUAAUGCGUGACUUCAGCCAGUCAGGGUAGAAAGGUACUGCCAUUAAGAUGCUUGGUUUUGCCCUGCUUAAAUGGAAGAUAAUUUCCUGUAAGAUUGAUUUGAAUUUCUAGACCUGAACAACCUUCAAAUUUGUCUUGCUUUUAACCUGGCCUUUCCAGUCUGCAAACAGUUGCUUUGGACCUCUGGAGAGACAAAUAGCUUUGUCUGAUGCGCAGGGGACUGAAAACCUGUUGCAUCAUACAGCAUCCUGAUUAACCCAAUGACAAUAGGAGCUGUCAUUUCUGAUGCCAGCAGUAAACACAGACUUCUUGUAGUGCUGUAGCUGCUGUCAAUGUAACACAACUGCAAACAAAUUUUUUUCCCCUAGCAAAUAUUGCACCCUAAUACAAGCGUAUAGACCUCCAGUGCAAACUUCCGGAAGAGAGAACCCACCGCAGGAGUCCACGUUUGAAUUCUGGCUCUUUUUAUUCAAAUUUUAAAAUCCCAUUUAAAGAUCUAGGAAUGUACCCCUAAAACACUAUUAGCUUUAUUGAUUUAAUACCCACCAGUGCCAGCUUUAUUUCCAAGUUGUAUUUAGUAGAACAAACCCCAGGUGGCAUUAACUCUGAACAAAUUGGUGGUUCCUAAUUUUUCUUUCUGAUGUAACAUGGACCCCAAACCCUUUUGGUAGCCAAAUGACUAGCUUAUUUAAAAUGCCUCAUAUUAAUAGAAAGCUGCAUAUAGGCAUCUCAUAAUGAAAAAAAUAUUUGGUUCCAUUGUGAACUGGCCAUAUGACAACUACUUUUUUAUCAACUUAUUAAGUUGGGGCAGUAUAAUAGCUCUUGCUGAGUUUAGCAAUGUUUAUAAGCGUGUGUUAAACACAUACUAAGUUUUAUGAGGAAAAAGGGAUAAAGAAAAGCAAUGUCACAGAUGAAUGUGUUUGAGUAGACAGCAUACUUUUUUUAUUUCUACACUGUUAAGCUUAUUUUCUGUUUUUAAGGUCAAACUUUAUUGCAUGAGAAACUUUUACUGUGUUCUGCACUUUCUCUUUUUUGUAUAACCUUGAUUUUUCAUUUAUGCAUAGAAAAAAAUGGUUUUAGAAAUACUCUACUCCACAUUGCAUUGUGUUCCAAUCUGUUGUUCUACAAUUCAAUCUUAAUAAACAUUUAAAUAAGA